AUGGCUCGCCGACCGUAUGAUAUGCUAUUCAAGCUGCUGUUAAUAGGAGACUCUGGAGUUGGAAAGACUUGCAUUCUCUACAGAUUUUCAGAUGAUGCAUUCAAUACGACAUUCAUUUCAACAAUUGGAAUCGAUUUCAAAAUCAAGACAAUUGAAUUGAAAGGAAAAAAGAUCAAACUACAAAUUUGGGAUACUGCUGGACAAGAGCGAUUCCAUACGAUCACAACGUCCUACUAUCGUGGAGCGAUGGGUAUUAUGCUCGUUUAUGAUAUCACAAAUGCCAAGAGCUUUGACAACAUUGCCAAAUGGCUUCGGAAUAUUGAUGAACACGCGUCUGAAGAUGUGGUAAAAAUGAUAUUGGGCAACAAAUGUGAUAUGAGUGACAGAAGAGUUGUGAGCAAAGACCGAGGAGAGAAGAUUGCACAGGAUCACGGUAUCCGGUUCCAUGAGACAUCUGCAAAAUUGAACGUACAUGUGGACACCGCAUUUUACGAUUUGGCGGAGGCGAUUCUUGCGAAGAUGCCCGAUUCAACAGAUGAGCAAUCCCGUGAUACCAUCAACCCUGUUCAACCACAAAGACCGGGAGGUAGCGGAGGAUGUUGUUAG